AUGGGCGACUACCAGCCAGAAAUUAUCGCUCCACUGGCAACAGCCACGGUCGAAAAGGCAGCCGAGCCCACGGUUGCCGAGGCACAGAGUGGCGUCCUCUAUCGCCAGCUUCGCCAGAAGCCUCUGAACAUUGUCGGGGGCAGAGGAAGCUACCUACUUACAGAUGAUGGGCUUGAAAUCCUCGAUGCAACUUGCGGGGCAGCUGUCUCUUGUCUGGGCCACAGCGAUGAGCGUGUGCAUGCGGCCAUCCUGGAACAGCUGAAGAAGAUCCCCUAUUGCUACUCGUUGUAUUUCACCAACAGAACCGAAGCCGUGGAGGCGGCGAUUAAGAUGGCAAUUCAAUAUUUUACGGAGGUGCCAGUCCCACAACCUAAACGGAUCAACUUUAUUUCUCGCAAGCAGUCCUACCAUGGCAAUACGCUCGGAUCUCUCGCUGUUGGUCAUCACGUUGCCCGCCGAGCCAUCUAUGAAGGGAUUAUGUCGAAGAACAUCCACCACGUCUCUCAAUGCUACCCCUAUCGUGGAAUGAUGGCGAACGAAAGUGUUAAGAGCUAUGUUGGUAGAUUAGCACAAGAGUUGGAAGACGAAUUUCAACGCCUUGGCCCCGAUACUGUGUGUGCCUUUGUCGCAGAGACUAUGGCGGGAUCUGUUCCUCCUUUGCCUGGAUAUCUCAAGGCCAUGAAAGAAGUCUGCGACAGACACGGAGCCUUGUUUAUCCUCGAUGAAGUCAUGUCUGGAAUGGGAAGAACGGGAACGCUCCAUGCCUGGGAGCAAGAAGACGUUGUUCCAGACCUGCAAACCAUUGCAAAAGGCCUCGGAGCAGGAUAUGCCCCGAUCGCAGGGCUGCUGAUCAACCGGCAUGUCGUUGACACAUUGACCAAGGGAACGGGAGCAUUUGCUCACGGCCAAACAUAUCAAGGCCAUCCCGUUUCGUGUGCCGCAGCAUACAAAGUGCAGAGGAUCAUACAGGAAGAUAAUCUCCUGGAAAAUGUGCGUGCAAUGGGGGAGUAUCUUGGUCAGCUUCUGCACGAGCGACUAGCCAACCAUCCCCAUGUGGGCGAUAUUCGUGGCCGUGGUCUGUUUUGGGCUCUUGAAUUUGUUCAGGAUAAGAAUACGAAGCAGCCGUUCCCUCCUUCUAGGGCAUUGGCUUGGGCUCUUCAUACUACCGGGUUGAAACCACAGCAUUCAAUCUCCCUGAUGCCUGGCAAUGGUGGUGCCGAUGGUAUUAAUGGUGAUCAUAUUAUUCUGGCGCCACCAUAUACCACGACGCGUGCUGAAGUGGAUUUGAUCGUUGAUCGGACGGCUCGUGUCAUUCAAGAGGUUUUAGGAUGA